UUACUAUCGUUGCCGUGCAGUCGUGUGCGGUGCGAACGAGACGCCGGACAGUCGUGUCCGUCAUCCUUCCCGAGUACGCGUGUAUCUUGCGCAGUGACUUCCACCACAAUAUUAUAAUAUAAUACGAGUGCAGGCGACAACCCAGUAAAGUUGACCACGCCCGAAGGUUAUUUAAUAAUAAUAUUAUAUUAUGAUAUAGAAUCGUCGAGCCUAAUACCGUCAUCGCUGCGUAUCCUUUGUUUUUAAUAAUAAAUAUCUAACCGAGCAUAAUAUACGCGUAUUAACCGAACCGUGGUAUACGUACGGCUGCGAUACCACAAUCGCGACUGUGGUCGUUCCGGGCACCAGUCCAACAAGAUAUAUCCAGGAGGGGGUACCCGCCGACCAAAGAAUUGUAAAAAUGGCAAUUAAGAUCAUUAUCGUUGGAUCUGGAGUCGGUGGUACAGCAGCAGCCGCCAGACUGAGCAAAAAAGGAUUUCAAGUGGAAGUUUAUGAAAAAAAUUCGUAUAAUGGCGGAAGAUGUUCAAUAAUUAGGCACAAUGGACAUCGAUUUGAUCAAGGUCCAUCAUUGUAUCUCAUGCCUAAAAUAUUUGAGGAGACAUUUAAAGACUUAGGAGAAGACAUAAAAGAUCAUAUAGAAAUAUUACAGUGUAAAAUUAACUACCAUAUUAAUUUUCAUGAUGGCCAACAAUUUCAACAUUCGUGUAAUUUGUCUAAACUACAACGCUCGUUAGAAAAAUUUGAAGGAGAAGGCGAGGACACUUUGUUGAGAUUUUUUGAUUUUUUGAAAGAAACUCACGUACACUAUAGAAAAAGCAUUGAGUUGGCAAUGAGAACUGAUUUUCAAAAUUGGUACGAUUUUUUUAAUAUAAAACAUAUACCGACAUUAUUGAAGUUGCACCUGCAUAGUUCUGUUUACACGAGAGCAUGUAAAUAUUUCAAAAGUGACUACAUGAGAAAGGCUUUCACAUUCCAGACUAUGUACAUGGGCAUGUCGCCGUAUGAUGGAUUGGCCCCGUACAACUUGUUACAAUAUACCGAAAUAGCUGAAGGAAUCUGGUACCCAAAAGGAGGGUUUCAUUCGGUUUUGGAAAGUCUUGAAAAAAUUGCUGUAAAACACGGAGCAAAGUUCAACUAUAACAGCGAUGUCCAAGAAAUAAUAACCGAUGAAAAUGGAGUGGCAAAAGGAAUCAAAUUGCAGAACGGUAAUGUGAUUAAUAGUGACAUUGUUAUUUGCAACGCUGAUGCCGUUUACGCAUAUAACAAGCUUUUGCCAAAAACGUCGUACGCAGAAAAACUAGGCAAAAAGAAACUGACUUCGUCGUCCAUAUCGUUCUAUUGGUCGAUUAACCAGGUUAUACCUCAGAUGUCCGUGCACAAUAUAUUUUUGAGCAAACAGUAUAAGCCAAGUUUUGACCAAAUAUUCGAGGAUCACUCGUUGCCAGACGAACCGUCGUUUUAUGUAAACGUACCUAGUCACAUCGAUCCCACAGCAGCACCAGAAGGUAAAGACACAUUCGUGAUUUUAGUGCCCGUGGGGCACAUAUCAGACAGAACCGAUAUUGAUUUUGAUGAUCUCGUGAAAAGAGCCAGAGAACACGUGAUCAACUCAUUAGAGAAAAUACUGAAGAUUUCGAAUUUCCGAAGUAUGAUCGAACACGAGAUGGUGAAUGACCCGAGAACGUGGCAAAGCGAAUUUAAUUUAUGGAAAGGUUCUGUAUUAGGGUUAUCGCAUUCCUUUUUUCAAAUCGCAUACUUCAGACCAAGUUUGAAAUGUAAAAUAUUCGAAAACUUGUAUUUCGUCGGUGCAUCAGUACAGCCCGGUACUGGAGUACCAGUUGUGUUGUGUGGUGCAAAAUUAUUAGAAAAACAAUUGUGUGCUAGGUUCUUGGAGGGUAAAAUUGAAAUGAACACAAUAUGGUCGAAGUGCGUUUCAUUUUUAAUCGGUCUUCUAACACUUCUGAUUUUUUGUUUUUUUUUUCGAUUUUAAUAAUCAACUAUAGGUAGGUAUGGAACAUACGGUACAGGUAUGGGUUAUGUGUCGUAAAAUUCAAGAUCAAAAUUAAUUGCAUUUUUAACAUGUCUAUUAGAAGUUUUACUAUUUUGGGCGUUUUGUGGUAUUUAAAUAAUGUGUAAAUUUUCAAAAUGUAAUUUAAAACAUCGAUAGUAUGAACUGUUAAUUUGUUAAUUUGUUAAAAAUAGAAUUUUAUUUACACUCUUAUAGAAAUAAUAAAAUUGUUAUAAAUCGGUUACCAACAUUUUAGUUUGAUAUAUUCUUUUAUUGUGUCUAGAUUAUAAACUAUAAUAAUAUUUGUUGUUUUAAAUUAAAUAAUAUUAUGCAUAAGUAAUUAUAAUUUACUUUUUACCAUUGUUCUCUAUUUAGUAUAAAAUAUAAAUUGUAAUUGUAUAUAUAUUAUAUUUAAUAAUAACAAAAUAUUUGAUAUGAAUAAUGAUAGUACUUAUAAAGAAGUCGAUUUAAAAUAAAAACAUAUUUUGUAGAAAAUUAUAAAGAAGCUGUACCUAUCAUAAUAAUAUUAUAUUAUGUGUAUAUUUUUUCAAACUAUAGUUUGAUGUAUUGGUAUUGAUUAUUAGUAGCAGUUUUAAUACCUAGUACCUCUGAUCCAAUAGUUAUAAAGGAAAUUAAUUUUUUAAGACUGGUUAUUAACCGGUUUCUAUUGUAGUAAGUGCCCGAGGAGAGGGGGAGGGGUACGAUUGGUUUGGAACACUUGUAUAUGGUGGGAGCGAUAUAGUUAUAUAACGAUAUAGUUUUAGUGAACUAAAAACCCGGGUGGUCACCCAUCUAGGAGCUAGUGAGGCCGGCCUAUGCUUGACCUCAGAAAACGUUAGUGACUGCGGCCAACCACCGUUUCACAUCAGGUCCCAGGGGUAUUUAAUUAUGUAUAUAGUAUAUACUAUGGAAUUUAGUAUUAAUAAAUUAUAUUAAUAAUAUACCUAUUAUUAUAUACCUACUACAUAUUU